AUGGCCGAGUCCAGCGCAUCCAACGCCCUUAUUCGGAAGCGGCAAGAUACAGAGUUGAUGGCUAUACCACCGCCCGUCAAAAAAAUCAAGAGGCCGAAAAAGGUGCUUGAUGAAGACAGCUACACUGAGGCUCUCUCACAAAUCAUAGCCAGAGAUUUCUUUCCCGGCUUACUAGAGACGGAAAUACAGCAAGAGUACUUGGACGCCCUAGACUCAAAGGACUCUGCAUGGAUAUUCAGCGCAGGCCAACGACUGCGCCAUGUUAAUACACUCAGGAAAGAAGGCAGGGUUGCUGGCUCAAAACCACCUGUGAGCGCUGGAGAAACGCCAAUGACAUAUGUGGGCGACACACCAAUGUCGGUCGCGACGCCGGCCGUUGAGCAACGUCCAGCACUGGGAGCCAAUAUGAGCCUUACCAAAUUCCAAGAAACCUAUACCAGCGAGGACAACGAGAGCUUUUACAAGCUUGUGGACAAACAAAAUCAGAAAAAGGCCGACAAAUACGCCUGGUUAUGGCGCGGCAACAAGGUGGCGUCAAAGCAAAUGAUGGCACAGAAGGCAGUGACAGAUCGCCUAGCGCAAGAGGGAAAACUCAUCGACGACGGCUUUAUGAAGCGUGACAGGCUGGCAAUCAAGGAUAGUGAUGAUCGACCUGCACGUCCGGAUAGCUGGAAGUCGGAACCUCAGAAUGGCCUGAUGUUUGGGCCAAAAGAUCUCGACGAGAGCGUAAAGACUGUGGCGCAGGCUGCAGACGACGCCUCCAGAGCAGGCCCGAGAACAGUCGUCUACGCCAAUACCAGAGUUCCACAGCCUCAUAUUCCUCAGCGUCCGCCAUCACCUACAAUGUCUUCGAUAAAAGAUGCUAUUGCAGGAAGACCUCGCGCAAAAGAUGCAUUCUCUAGCGUGGCUGGUGGCGGCGAAACACCGCGGGUCAAUGGCUUCGCAUUUGUGGACGACCAAGACGACUACGACACUCCGACAAAGGGGGAACCUAUCAUUGAUCUUGGUCCCGGCGACUCCAACAACCCGUUCAAAAUACAGCAACGGGGAAAAAAGGAUGUACUGCACGAAAAGAUGGUGGAUCGGAUCGCCAAGUCAAAUCGAGAGUCUACUCGGAAUGGCUUCACCGGCCGCUCCGAGCCCUUGAAUGUGCCCAAGUUUCCAAGCAGCCCUCGAGUAUCGGCAGGAUUGACACCGGCAGCUCAGCGUCUCUGGAGCAAAAUGGGUACACCAAAAGGCAAUACCCCAAGCAGCUCUUUUGGACAGUCGUGGCAGGAAACGCCAUUACGACGAGGCUCCUCAUUAAGGAACACCAGCAAGCCCGACGUCAAGUCCGACACCAAGCUCAAAUAG